AUGGCCUGGCAGUCUCUAUCUGGUAUGGGGGGUAGUGGAGGUCAAAAUAAUGGAGUUGGUAAUGUAGGUGAUGGAGGGAAUCAAGCAAAUCAGCCUCAAGGAACAGAAUAUACACUGCAAGGUGUUAUGCGAUUCUUGCAAACUGAGUGGCAUCGACAUGAGAGGGAACGAAAUGCUUGGGAGAUCGAAAGACAAGAAAUGAAAAGUAGGAUCGCCAAAUUAGAGGGCAAUACUAGAAAACUUGAAGGGUCAAAUGAGAGUUUGAAGAAAUUCCUUACAAUGUUGGAGAGAGUGGCCAAGGAUCGAGAGGCACAAUUGAAAGCGAUUAAAUCUGGUGGUACAGCGCCGGUGCCAGCAAAUAAAGAGACCAAGGAUAAAGAUUCGCGUCCAACUAAAAGAGAGGCACAUAACUCAUUCCUCGUGGUUGACGGGGAACCCGAUGCGAAAAAGGCGGUUCAAGCGGAGAAAGGUAACAUGAAAGAUUUUAUGGAUAAAUCUCAAGGAGAGCUCACUUAUCUCUUGAUCGCACCACCAAAUCCUAUGCCACCACGAGAAGCCCCACCGCCACCGGAAGAGAUUCUACCUUUCGGAGUUAGUCAAGCUCAGCAGCAAAAUAUCGAAGAAAUGCAACAGCGAUACUCUGGAUCAAAAGUCAUGAGAGUACCAGAAUUAUCAAGAGCUCCCCUUGCACCUUCUCCGACACCUAAUCAUAAUCCACCACCAGUCCCAAGUCCCAAUAAACAUUCUGUACCAAGUCCCGAUAAUCCAGCGCCAAGGUUUUUAGCAGAGCAACUACCUCUACCACAACCUUCGCAACAAGAAUGGUCUUCUACAUUUAGAUCUCCAGAGAAAACUCAACCGGCGGAAGAGCCCAUAACAAAAGUUAACCAUUCUUAUGACUCCUAUGGACGGCCCAUUGAAGCGGAAGAAGCAAUAGAGAAAUCAGGUUCUUCUGAUACCGAUGGAUGGGAUUUCAAUGAGCCAACUCAAACUACAGAACAAGAGAAUAAGAUUGCGCCCCAGAGACCUGAUACAGACGUAUUUCCAUCAGCUCAAGAUAUACCAAAAUCGCCUAUUCGUGGUCCAGGCUCACAUAGGAGAAAAACCUCCAUGUCAAGAAGGAAGAGUGGUGAACAUGAACUUUCAUUGAAUCCAACACAAAGGCCGGACAGUGGUAGUUUCAAAGUUCGAUUCGGUCUUAGAGGCCACCUAGAUGCAGUUCGUUCGGUGAUAUUUACUGGAGGUGGAAGUCCUGGAGAACCAGAAUUAUGCACAGCAGGCGACGACGGUACAAUCAAAAGAUGGAUCAUUCCCGCCCGUUAUGAAGAUCAAGGCACAUUCCAUGUAAGCGCCAACGAUUUGGAUAUUCAAAGUUAUUUUACUCAUCGGGGUCAUGCUGGAGCUGUCAUGUGCCUAACUGCUUGGUCCCCAUCACAAAACUUUGCCAGUGGUGGACGUGCACAAGGUGACGGAUGGAUCUUCUCUGGUGGCCAAGAUGCUACCGUUAGAGUGUGGGAGCGAGGGCGAGUUGAUCCUAAGGCGACUCUUGAUGGUCAUACAGAUGCAGUAUGGGCAGUCUGUGUACUUCCGGGUACAACUGGAUCGAUUUUUGGUCAAACUAAUGCUUUUGGUGGACCAGAUCGUAUUAUUUUAGCAAGUGGUGCUGCAGAUGGCACUGUCAAAGUGUGGUCUGUAAGCGCACCUCCACAGCUUGUAUCGCCUUCAGGCGGAGGUAACCGAAGAGGUGGCAGAGUUCGAGGUAACUCAAUGUCAUCUGGCUCAGCAUUCCCGUCAUCCCCUCAACCCAGCAUUGCCUCGACUUCGCCUUUUCAUUACACAUUAAUACAUUCUAUAACCAGAUCUAAUAGCACCGCAUCCCCUACUUGUAUAACACCUUUAGCCAUUUCAGGCGAAUCAUUUGCCGUGUCUUAUUCUGACGCAGCUGUUCUGGUAUAUGAUACAAGAACUGGUGAAGAAGUUGCCUCUAUGGCAAGUCUGGAAACAUCUAAUGGCACCCAAUCAACAGGAGUCAAUGCAAUUGUUGCAACUACUACCGGUCUUGAUAGCUCCUUGAGUUCCGAUUCUAAUCGAGGGUUGUCUGAAGAUGAGAAUGUUGUUAGUGGAGCAACAGGCAGAAGUGGUGGUGUUGAAGGCAUUAUCAUCAGUGGACAUGAGGAUCGCUUCAUUAGAUUUUAUGAUGCUAAUAGCGGUCAAUGCACAUACAACAUGCUUGCUCAUCCAGCAGCUAUAUCUGCUCUCUCACUAUCUCCUGAUGGACGCGAGCUCGUCUCUGCAGGUCAUGAUGCUAGUCUACGAUUCUGGUCUUUAGAGACACGUAGCUGCACUCAAGAGAUGACAAGUCAUAGACUUAUGCGUGGGGAAGGUGUAUGCUCAGUUGUAUGGAGUCAAGAUGGGAGAUGGAUCGUUAGUGGUGGAGGUGAUGGCGUCGUAAAAGUUUUUGCGCGCUAA